AGCAACACGCAAACUGCAAAAGCUGUGAUGACGCAAUUCCAACCUUCGUGAUUGAAACCCUACCACUGUUAGCGAGAUUUAUACUUCGAUUGAAGAGUUUUUCGGCCAAAUUGGCCUCGCCGAAAUACCACCAUGGUCUCACGAAAACCGCUACCCGACAAUACCUCGGUGAAUACCAGUACGCCUCCCCCCGCCGUCAGUAUACAAGCUGUGAGACAAGAGCUCUGGUCUGCUACCGACUCCGAAUCAGACUCUGAAAGAGUAUGGGGAAGGGAUAACUCGAGUUCGGCACCGGUCCAAUACGGUGGCGGUGAUAUCGGUAACACAAAGGUUGCGGGGAGCGAUAACACGUUGCAAGAUGUGCCAGAUACACUUCGACCUGGCACCAUUUCUAAGACUCCGAGCUUUCAUCAAGAUCAAAACGAAGAGAAUCCCUGGGAUGACCGUAAUGGGAAUAACCGCAUAGAAACCGGACCUGUAACCGAACCUGAACCCGAACCCGAACCUAAGUCAGACGAGAUGCCAAAAUCUCUUUGGCCUGGAGGGACACGAUUCGAGACGAACCCCUUCAAAAGGAAGCCCAUUCAAGCCGCCUCGACAAGCCAAGUGAACCAGGAUAACCAAGAAUCUCCUGCCGCUCCUACAAUUCCUCCGCCUCCACCUCCUGUUCCAAUCGAUCCGUUUGCACAACUACAUAUAUCAGAGCCUGAAACGAGUACAAACCCAUGGCAACCCACGCCGGUUGAACCCAGGACGUCUAAUAGCCCGCACCCCGCUCCACCCUUGCCUGAUCAAGAAACUAAGGGCAAUGUUUGGGACUCGGGUUUGUCGUCAAGGGUGCCCUCGACAGCUCCAGUCUCGAACUCUCCAUCGCUGGUACCUUUACAUGCAGACGGCGAAUCUCAACCGUGGCGCAAUCCGCCUUCGGGGCCUUCACAUCAGCAGUCAUUAGAUAGAUCCCGCGAGGCGGAAGACAUUUUUAACGAUCAGCAUGCCUGGGAUGAUAUUGGAUCUAAUAACAAGGGCAAGCAACCGGCUACGCAACCGAUUCAAACACAAUCUGAGACUGUUGACGGUUGGAAUCUAAUUGAUCAUGAGCCUAUACCGGAACCUGUCCCAGGAACUUUAUCAAAGCAAAGCACUUGGGAGAACUUUAUGGAUGCAGAUGACGAGGCACCGAAAGAAGCGGCUGCGCCAACUACUGUAGAAGUACCUCCAAGUCUACCACCCCGACGACCAUCAAAUGAGAAUCCACCGCAGCAACCCCCGCGACCUCAACCACCAAGUGCUACAGGUAAAUCGGAAACUUACCAGAUAAAGAACAUCAAUUGGUUUGACCCGAGAGCGGCCAAGAAUCCCCGAAAGUCGCCGAUACUCGUCCAAAAUGCCAACGGACCUUGCCCUUUAGUUGCACUCGUGAAUGCGCUUACACUCACAACCCUAGCCAACCAACCAGACACAAAUCUAGUAGAGACUCUGAGGUCCCGCGAACAAAUUAGUUUAAACUUCCUUCUCGAAGCAGUCGUCGACGAACUUGUGACUCAUCGCUACACCAAUCUAAACGCGUCCUUGCCGGAUAUGUCUGAAUUAUACUCUUUUCUCAAGGGUCUUCAUACCGGCAUGAAUGUGAACCCGCAGUAUAUACCAAGCUCUGAAAGUAUGGCAGCUUACAAGCAAGCAUGCCCAACAUACAACCCUCCUUCUGAAGAUCUCAUCCCUGGGACUUUCGAGAAUACGCGAGACAUGAAACUCUAUGCUACAUUCUUGAUUCCACUGAUACAUGGCUGGUUACCUCCUAAGGAGGAUCCAGCCUACGAUGCCUUUACUAGACAGGCUACCUCUUACGAUGAUGUACAAAGCAUAUUAUUCCGCGAGGAAGAGCUUGAGGAUAAGCUCAGUAAUUCGGAGAUGGGUCUCACCGAACAGGAACAGCAACUUUACCAAGACAUCAUAAUUAUUAAGUCCUUCCUCAUGACAUCUGCUACACAGCUGACCCCGUGGGGUCUCGGGGUCAUCACCAAAGCUGUCCUACCGGGGCAUGUAUCUAUCCUAUUUCGCAACGAUCAUUUUUCUACACUGUAUCGACAUCCCCAGACACUCAAACUCUUCAGUUUGGUUACAGAUGCGGGCUACUACACCCAUGAUGAAGUCGUUUGGGAAUCACUGGUCGACGUUAGAGGCGAAAGAACCGAGUUUUUCUCCGGCGAUUUCCGCCUAGUCGGUGGCGCCCAGCAUCAGCGAUCAUCUGCGAGCAACUCGAGCCCGUGGCAUUCCGAAGCAGGAUCGAGCAGCAAUGCGCACGGUGGUGAAUGGCAAACUGUCCAGGGCCGGCGACCACGGAAUAACAACCCCAACAGCGAACCAAAUCCCAGCUCGCCAGUAGCGCCAAAACAUGAACAAGAGGAUAGGGAUUUAGCACUGGCCUUGCAGCUCCAAGAGGAGGAAGAGGAACGCCACCGCGCAGAACAAGCCGCCCGUCGCCGCGAAAGUCAACUCUCGGAACAGUUCAUUGAACAGCAAGGUCGGCAGGGCACUCCAUCUCGCGGAGGUCACGGUCGCGGCGGUUCUGUCAGUAGGGGUGGUGGGGGCCCUCAACCACCUGCUAGGGGGAGUUCUGCUAACCAGUCUACGAGCACAUUGGCUAGCCGAGGAAGAUCGGCCCAAACACCCCAGCCACAACCACAACAACAGGUCAGGUCCUUGAUCCCCCCAGCUUCGACCACACACAGACCUAUAAAUGACAGCGCGGAUGAUGCACCGCCGAGCUAUGAACAGGCCUCCAAGGCAACUCCGUACGUGCCGCCCGCGGGACACCCAAGUCACCCUGAGAGCAGUCCAAGCAGCUCGACUCCUAGGAGGAGACCCACUCUUCCCGGACCAAGCAGUGCCGGGCCGAGUACAUCUGGGAGGGGGCGCCAGGGCGCAGGACCACCGGUUCCUGCGGGUACUGCCCAAGUAGGAGGCGGGAGAGAAAAGGAUUGCAUUGUGAUGUGAAGUAAUGAGAUCAUGAGUUGUAUUAUGACAGGAAAGGAUUCAUGAACGAGUACGAAGGAUGGUGUUAAUUGGUUACGAGAUCGGCACGGCUUCGCAGGAAUUCUAUGUUACGGGAAUUGUACUAUUAGCAAGGGAUGAGAAUUAGCAAUUAGCAGGCAUAGGUAAAUUACGCAGCCGAUGAGCUUACGCCCGGAAUAUAGAAUAUUCAUGGAACUCAGUUGGUUUGUUGUUACUUAGCGACCGAUCGUUUGGCAGGCGAGUGAUUGGUCAGGAUUGGAUUAUGGAAAAUUGUAUUUUGACACAAGAAGAAGGGGAGGACUGGCGACGUUGCGGAAUUGUGGCAAUACUAAUGUGCUAGAGUAUAUCUUAUGGUUUCAAUAAAUAGGUACCUAGGUACCGGCUCUAGAC